GCUCCGCUACACGCUAACGCAAUCACGCAAAUGCAGUCUAAAAAAUCGGUCAAGUGCGAGCAGAACUCGCAGGCCGUAACCGCAAUACAUGGAUUUAAUGCGAAUUGUUUAUUCCACAAGUCAAUCAGUAUAAAACACAGCUCGAUACUUAGCACGCUAUUAUUUGAAUAGCAGUCACUAAUCACUGAACUAAUUUAUAUUAAAUGUGUUUUCCAUUAAGCAAUCGUCCAGGAUGGAUAUGCAUUUUGUAUCUGUGAUCUUAAGUGUUUUCUAUUUAAUUUGUCGCGGAAGUGCCGGCCGAUCAUGGGUUACCGUAGAUGAUUUGGAGAAUCAUGUUCGUAUUGAGGAUUUACGCGAGUUUCUGAACAUGUACAACAAGACCGAAAUCACGACACCGAGAGAUCAAGACUAUGCUGCAGUUGAGGAUAGUACAACUGCUCUGCCCGUUCCCAAUAAUGUGGAUUGUUUCGGUCUUGGAACUAUAAGUCGGCAGAUCCAAGCAAUCUUCAAUAUGAAACCUGACACAUCUGACGAUGUCAAUACACAUUUUUAUUUUUCUUCCCGAAAAAGACCGCUCAAGGUGCAGGUAUAUCCUGGUGAACAGUUUGGACUACAAUGGGUGGACUUCGACCCGAAGAGGCGGACUGUGAUGAUCUACCAUGGAUUCAUGAGUCACAGUAAUGCAUCUUGGGUUCUGGAUAUGACUGCAGCCUUUUUACAGAGGGAGGACGUCAAUGUAAUAGCUGUUGAUUGGAGUAAGGGAGGCGAUACUUGGAAAUAUUGGCGAGCUGUGGCCAAUACGAGACGGGUCGGCUCUGAUGUUACUAGGUUUAUGCGUCAGCUGAUCGCUGCUACAGGGGCUAGAAUUAAAGACUUUCAUUUUAUUGGACACAGCCUGGGCGCUCAUAUCGCGUCAUAUGUUUCAUAUCACAUAGGCGGCGUAUCCAGAAUCACUGGUUUGGAUCCAGCUCAACCAUGUUUCCUCACGACUGAUCAUACAGAAAGAUUAGACAGUACUGACGCGGACUUUGUGGAUGUUAUUCACACAAAUGGAAGAUUAUUAAAGAAGAUCGGAUUUGGACUGCCGGAUCCGACAGGUCAUGCUGACUUCUAUCCAAAUGGUGGUAUGAAACAGCCGGGUUGUUCCAAUGAAACAAACUCAGUGUGGUCACGACUUACGCCAUCUUUCUUUUCAAGACUGAAACAAGCAAUUUGUAGUCACGGACGUGCUUAUUUGUUAUUUACGGAAUCACUUAUUAACGGCAACUGUACGUUUAGAGCUCAUCGGUGGAACCUCACCUAUGAAGGUGUAAACGCAAGUCUGAAAGCUCUAUGCGACAAGCAGGGGUCAUGUGCUGAAAUGGGCAUAAUGGCGGCCGGAGGAGAUCAAGGCUUGCCACGAGCAAAGGGACCCUACUUCGUGCUCACUACUGAUAAAGAACCCUAUUGCCCAACUGAUUGGGAGGUUCGACACCCGCCAGUGGAAUUACUUCGGGAUCUUCGACAAGGGUUUAGUAUAGAUCGAUCUCGGCGGGUGGAGGCCACUGUCACACCAGGAUACGCUGACCCUGAGGGUCGGGAUGUCGACAACGAACUACCUACCACGACCUGUAAAAGUUGGUUCCAGAGAUGGUUUGGUUGAAAACCUAUGACAUUGUGUUUUUAGUAAACUAUAAGUAUAGUAAUAGAUAUAGUGUAUAUGUGUUAUUAGAUAGUAUAUUAGUAUAGUA